UUACACGAGGAAGUGAGUGGUUUUGGCCAUAAACAUAUAUACAUGGUUUUGGCCGCUUGAAAUGACCUGAAGAAGUCUACUGGCUGCGCACUGGUCUUAUGUAGCUCACGGCUGCUUGUACGUAAAUUCCGGAUUCAUAGACCGCCUACACUUUUACGUCACAAAAAAUGGCAGCUAUAUGCCGGUUACACCAUAUUGCCCUCCACGUUAGAAACGUGGAUAAAAUAGCGUAUGACCUUGUCUCCAAGUUCAAAUUUAAUUUAUUCGCUGCGAGGCUAAAUGAGAAAUCAAGCCAGUUCGCCUUCAGGAAUGGAUCAGCAGUUUUCAUCGUGAAUGAAAGAUUAAGUAAUCCUUUUCUCGGUUUUGAAGAUGUGGUCGCGCGUAAGGGACAUCACACUUCAAGUCAAGGAUUGAAUGAGAUAUGCUGUCCCCCUUUUAGAUUUGGCGACCGCAAAAAUACGAAUACUGAAUGCAAUUUCCUUUACGAUGUUCAUCCUAAUUACUCCGUGGAUACUGUAAGUAACGUGUGUUUUGAAGUGGAGGAUGUGGAGAAGACGUUUAAUGCUCUCCGCAACCAAGGGUGCGAUUUCCUGGUGCCCCCGACAACUGUGCGGGAUGAGAAAGGAAUUGUUUCAUAUUCGAUAUUGAAAUCAAUUGUGGGGAAUGUAUGUCACACGCUAAUUGACAAGACUCAGUACCAGGGGACAUUCUUGCCUGGGUUUGAAAAUGUGACAAAGAACGGCGCACGUGUCGAUGAAUUGGCACCGAGUGAGAUUACUCACUUUGAUCACAUAACAUAUGCCUGUCCCAGGAGAAGUACGCCUGAUGUCAUGGGGUGGUACGAGAAGUACUUUGGCUUUCAAAGGUUUUUCAUUGACAGGGACGAGGAUGUAAAUGAAGGGUUUGUUCUCAACGAGAAUAGCAUUGGUCUGCGACUGACAGCCAUGGAAUACUGGAAGUGCAGUGAAUUGGGAGUGAUGCUCCCCUUUAAAGGCAAGGAGCCAGACUGCAAGUUUGUUAUUGCAGAAUCACUGCCUGAGCAAGGAAGAAACCAGGUGGAUAGCUUCUUGGAGAACCACAAGGGGGCUGGGAUUCAGCACAUUGGUCUGUACACCCAGGACAUUAUCUCCACGGCACACAGUCUGGCACAGGCUGGAGUGGAGUUCUUCAGUCCUCCUCCUGCCUACUACACUGAGGUGGGAAAGCAGCAGGAGAUAGUGGAUGCUGGUCAUGACCCUGAGGAGUUGUCUCAGUAUGGGAUCCUCCUGGAUGCUGACCUACACCAGGACUCUUCAGGCCCCCCCUGUGGUCUUGCGUCUGCUAAAAAGAAUAGGCACCUGCUCCAGAUAUUCACCAAGCCCAUCUUUGCGGAGGAUACUUUUUUCUUGGAGCUCAUCGAGCGAAGAGGGGCAUCUGGGUUUGGGGAAGGGAACAUCCGAGCUCUGUGGAGAUCCGUGCAGGAUUAUAUGAAGAGCCAAAUCGAGGGAAAAAUCGAGGGACACAACUCUGAGAGCGUUGCAACACAAACUCGGCAACACUGACACUGAAAAAGAAAACUGUUUGUAGAAUUUUAUGUUUAAGACUGCUGCCACAUGAAGAAAGAGCUGAUUAAGUGUGUGUAUGUGCAUCACAAACUUGAAUUUUGAAGACAAAAAGUUUUACUUCAGAAAUAACCUUAAAAACAACUUCCCUCAAAAUAGCCUCUUUUGGCUUUAAUUACAAUUAAACUAAUUAUUGGAAGUCUAUCCAAUCAAAGUUGGAAAUGGAGGGGUAAUUAAAUUGAGUAAAAUCUUAUCUACCUUGCUUUUUUUAAAUGACAGGUAGCCUAAUGCCUUUAGUGCAAUUAAAAUCCGCACUAAAGUUGCAAGAAAUAUGGCAAAGAAGGAGUUGAGCUUCAAUGUGUGGGGCCAAGUAAACAUAAUUGUGGCAUGAAGGUUAUUCCCAGUGAGCAAUUGCAAAAAAAGCUUAAAAUUUCCAGGGGCAGUGUUCAGUAUGCACUACAGCUGAUGGGCAACAGCCCAUUUCACUUACACUACAGGCCAAUGGUAUUGGGCUACCUGUGCUUUUAAAAAGAAAACUUAUGGUAGAUAAGAUUUUGGCCAGUUUAACUAUCCCUCCACCUCCCUCCCAUCCUGCCACGUCCCACUUCGCAAAAUGAUUGGAUAGGCUUUCAAUAAUUAGUUUAAUUGCCAGAGGAGGCUAUUUUGACAAGUCACAUCUAAGAUUGUUUUAGGUAAAACUCAUCGCUUUGUUAUUGCAGGGAGAACUGCAAAUAGUUUUAUUAUUAAAUAAAUACUCAUAAAUUAA